CUUUAAUUUGGGUUUUAUGGUUGAAAAAGGGGAGAAUUUUUGGAACUCCAAUUCACCCCCCUCUUGGAGUACAUUGAGUCAACGAUUGGUAUCAGAGCAAGGGCUCCAAUUUGAAGAUUUAACCACCUAGGAGUUGAUCGGGAAUGGCUCAAUUUCUAUCUUCUCAACUACUUGAAGGUUUGUCUACCGCUUGAAGGUUUGUCUACCACUAAGCCUCCUUUCUUUGAUGGUACUAAUUAUAAUUAUUGGAAGAAUAGGAUGAAGGUCUUCAUGCUUGCAAAUGUGCCCAAGGCAUGGGUUGUGACUAUGAAAGGUCCAUAUGUACCCAUGAAUAUUGUUGGAGAAAGAGAGGUGCCAAAGGAAGAGAUUGAUUGGAAUGAUGAAGACUUGGAGAAGAUCAUGAUCAACAACAAAGCAAUCAACAUGCUUCAAUGUGCUCUCAAUCCAACGAAAUUUCAUAGAGUUUCCGGGUGUGAUACGGCUAAGGAGAUGUGGGAUAUGCUAGAAGUCACUCAUGAAGGAACAAGCCAAGUAAAGGAGUCAAAAAUCAAUAGACUCAUUUACAUGUAUGAGCUUUUCAAGAUGAAACCGGAGGAGAGCAUUCAAGUUAACAUAGUCACCAAUCUCAAGGCUCUUGCUAAAGUCUAUCCUCCUCAAGAAGUGGUGAGAAAGGUUCUUAGAAGCUUGCCUAAGAGUUGGGAAGCCAAGAAGACGGCAAUUGAAGAAUCUAAGGAUCUCAACACUCUCAAGCUUGAAGAUCUCAUUGGCAAAUUGAUGACAUAUGAGAUAGAAGUGCAAGGGAGAGUUGCUACCACCUUGUUUGUGAAAAACAAAGGCCAAGAUAUACUAAUUGUCCAAAUCUAUGUUGAUGAUAUUGUGGUUGGUGCUACUAAUGAUUUUCUUUGUCAAGAGUUUUCCAAAGCUAUGCAAGGUGAAUUUGAAAUGAGCAUGAUGGGUGAGCUCAACUUCUUCUUGGGACUUCAAAUCAAACAAUCAAAAGAAGGCAUCUUCAUCAACCAAAGCAAGUAUACAAAGGAAAUGCUUAAGAAGUUUGGCAUGGAGACUUGUAAGCCAAUAGUUACUCCUAUGAGCACUUCAAUUAAUCUAGACAAGGAUGAAGGAGGUAAGCCUAUUGAUCCCAAACUCUAUAGAAGCAUGAUUGGUUCCUUGCUUUAUUUAACCGCAAGUAGACCGGAUAUAAUGUUUAGUGUUUGUUUGUGUGCUAGAUUUCAAGCUUGUCCUAAGGAGUCACACUUAAUUGCGGUUAAAAGAGUCUUUAGGCCAGCAGAGCCGGUUCAUCCCUUUUCACAGCCGGCUCAACCAAAAACCCGAGAGUAUUCUCUCUCUACAGCACAGCCGGCUCUAGCUUCACAGUCGGCUCAACCCAAAAAAACCGAGUCUUCUCUCUCUAAACCACAGCCGGCUCAACCACAGGCAACCCGACCUAGACCCGCUUUACAGCCGGCUCUAAAAAGGGUGAACCUAGGAAGAUACAUUUUCCGGAGCAUAAUCAAGCCUUACUCACCAACUACGGGACUUCCUUAUGGUGCUUUAAUUACCAGAUUGGCGAAGAGGAACAAUAUUGAUUUUACCUCCUUUAGGUUCGGAACGGUUCCUGGUGGGACUACACUUACCAAAGCUUCUUUUGAAAAAAUGGACUGUUUGUUUAGAAAUGGCUUUUGGAUAAAGAAAGGAGAACAAGAUGGGGAUCAAGAAGAAGGUGGUACUGAUCAAGAAAUGGCAGAACAAGGGGCAGAAGAACAUGAAGAUGACAGCCCAAGACCCUUUCAAGUCUCCAUGCAAAGGACAAACCGAGAAACCAUGGAGUUAAUGAUAUCUGAGAUGCAGCAACUGCACACCGACUUUUAUGGUUUCCGGACAGAAAUGAGAGGGAGAAUGACUAACGUGGAAGGAAAGCUUGAUCGACUUGUUAACCAUUUUUUUCCUCCACCCACACCUGAUGCCAUCUAACUUGAUAUUUCUUUAGUUUGGCUAAUCUUUAGGAUGGACAUCUUAGGGUUAUGCAUUUUAUGUGUUAUAUGUCUAUGGAUAUGUCUUGAACCUUUUUAUGCAUUUUAUGUUUUAUGAAUGGAAAUGGCAUUACUUGUGUUAACAUGCUUUGUGAAUGGUUGUUUGUGAUUUUGAUGAUAAUAUGCUCUUAUUGAGGGGGAGUUUAUUAGUUGAUGAGUGUAUUCAUAACUUUGGUUAUCUAUGGUGCUAUAUUGAUGAUUAUAUUCAUAUUCUUGAUGCUUUAAAGGUUGAUAGCAUGAAUUAAGGGGGAGUUUAUUG